CCUUGACCCGCCCCUCUCGGUCCGACGUCGCGACUCCUCCUCCUUCCCGCCCCCCUCCUUCGGCCCUCCUCGCCGUUCGCUGGUUUGCUACGUUCGCUGCUUGCCUGCCUGCUUCGCCAUGAUGAAAACAUUCGCCCGUCGUUAUCGUUGUUCCGUCCUUGUGGGUUCGGUUAGAUUAAAUUCUCUCUCUUGUAUCGAACGUCGAAAUAGUUACGCAGUAUGCAAUUGAAACAAGUAAAACGACAGAUAGGUUUACUUACAUAGUGUUUUGUAUUCUUGUCUCGUCUAUUAACAAAGUUAAGUACGUCGUCUAAACGACUAAACGUAUAAUCGCGCUGUGCUGCUUUGACCUGGUGUGGUGCGCGGGUGGUGCAAUAUAUUAAAAUACUACGUCCAAAUGCCCAAAAGAUUUUCCACUGGUUACUCCAUGUUGUGGAUUCGUCGCAAUAACUUUGCUUCUCGUGAAAGAAGUUCGUGGUGACGAUAAACACCGUGUCGUGGAACGGAGGAAAGAAAAAAAGUGAGUCGGCUGCGACGAGGAACUAUUAGCAAUUCUUGUUAUCUGACAGGCAGUAACUCGUCGAUAUUACCGGCUCAACGCAAAGAAACUUACUUAGGAUUGUAUAAUAAAAGAAAUAGAAAAGGGGUAAAGGAGUAGAAGAAAAAAAAAAAGUACUCCGUAUUAAAGUAACAAAAGAAGUGUCAAAUAUGGAACGAGAAUCCAAUCCCAUGCAAGCCUUGUGCCGUAGCGGCUGUGGGUUCUAUGGAUCUCCUGCUACCGACGGUCUCUGCUCUUUGUGCUACAAAGAAAACCUUAAGAAGAAACAACAGCCACCAGUCUCCGCUGCAUCUCCACCAACCUCCUCACCAACCUCACAAACCGCUUCCAGUAACGCUGGUACGUUGCAGACCGGAUUCGCGAGUCCUGCGUCAACGGGGACGACCGCCCAACCAACCAUUCCCACGAUUCCUCAGCCUACAAAUGACCUGCCCAGUCCGAAGGAGGUGAGCAGAGAAGAUCAGGAAGGAGAAGCUGGUGCAAGUAGUGGGGCUGCGGAAGGUUCGGUCAGUAGUGGGGAUGCUGAUGAUAGUUUUGAUGGCAAGGAGAGUGACAAAGAAUCCAAAAAGAAGAAAAAUCGUUGUGCUGUUUGUCGCAAGAAAGUGGGCCUGACCGGAUUUGAGUGCCGCUGUGGAGGACUGUUUUGCUCCGUGCAUCGAUACAGUGACAAGCACGACUGCAAAUUCGAUUACAGAGAAAUGGGUGCCCAAGAGAUUCGGCGUAACAAUCCAGUUGUUGUUGGUGAAAAAGUGCAAAAAAUUUGAACUAUUUAGUGUGUAGUCAUUGGGAAAAUGGUUAUAUAACUAUAUAAACAAACAAAAGAAAAAAUAUAAAACACGGAGAAAACGAGAUAUAAAUUAUCUGGCAGCUGAUUGCACAUUGUGGAAUGAAUGGAAGACAAAAGAACAAAUUCAAAUUUAGAUGAUAGUGCCAUGUCAGAGGUUGUCAUCUAGUGUGAAUUUAAUACGAGAAAAUAUCUGGUUAUUAACUGCUGCCAGCUUACUACUACUAUUACCUAUUAUUAUCUUUAUGGUUAUUACGAUUUAUCAUUAUUAUUCUAUAUUAUGUUUAUUAAUUUACUUAAAGGCAAAAUUUGUAAAAGAAAAAAAAAAGAAUUCCUUGUAUGUAUUUUAAGUAGAGGCGGAAUUCCUGGUGCAGUCAGUCAGUCAGUCCAAAAUAUCUUAGUUAAUGAACCGAUCGAAACUACAAAAAUUAACACGUAGCGAUUUGUUUCUAUAUUGAAAGGGAAUGUUAUUUAGAUGAUGACUGACGUUGAUGGGUGAUCACAAUUCUAGGUUAAUAUUAGUCUAAUAAUUAUUAAGUAUAUUAGAUGAUUGAUUCAUAAAUAAUGCAAUGAAGUAUAAGUAGUACUGUGUGUUUAUGUCCAAUCUCACAAGAAUAUAACGAGCAUUAUUACUCAUUAAAUAUUGUUUGAAUUUA